UUCAGUAGAAAGAGUAGCUGGGCUCUGCCUACUGCGUUGCUUUGAACUAUAUGCUGCAAUUAUUUCAGUUUUUAAAAUUCCUUGUAAUUUUUAUUGAAGGCUGCUUACUGAAAGGAAAUGGAUUGGACUGGAGUAAUUUUAACUUUAUUACUAUUUAUUCUUAUGUUUCUUUUGAAAAGGGGCAGUUCCAGGAAUAAGAGCUCCCCCAAUCUCCCCCCAGGACCCAGGACUAUACCCAUUUUGGGAAAUCUGCACAUGAUGGAUCUGAAGAGGCCUCACAAAACAAUGAUAGAGUGGUCAAAAGAAUAUGGUCCCAUUUUCCGCAUCAAAUUGGGAUUCCAGGAGAUGGUGGUGCUGACUGGCUAUGAGACUGUCAGAGAGGCACUAGUGAACCAGGCCGAUGCAUUUGCAGAUAGGCCCUUUAUUCCCAUUUUUGAAGAAGCAACAAAAGGUUUUGGUAUUUUUUUGGCUAAUGGUGAGCACUGGAAAGUGAUGCGACGGUUUACAUUAUCCACAUUACGGGAUUAUGGAAUGGGCAAGAGGACCAUUGAGGACAAAAUCACAGAAGAGUGCAGUGUCUUAACAAAGACAAUGGAGACUUAUGCAGGGAAACCCUUUGACGUCACAAGAAUUCUCACUGCUGCUGUUGCCAACAUCAUAGUUUCUAUUCUACUUGGGAAACGCUAUGAAUAUGAAGAUGCCACAUUUUUACGACUACUGAAGAUAAUUAGGGAAAAUACUCAGCUUGCGGGAAGCCCUGCUGUGUUGCUAUAUAAUGUGUUUCCCAAGUUGGGGUUCUUUUUGGGUGCUCGUAAAACAAUAAUGAGGAAUCAAAAGGAGUUCCAUGAUUUCAUACGGACCACCUUUAUAGAAUAUCUCCAAGACCUUGAUGACAAUGACCAGAGGAAUUUUAUUGAAUCAUUUCUUGUUCGGCAAAAACAGGAGAAUAUGAAGAUGACGCAUGAUGGAUAUUUCCAUAAUGGAAACCUUAUAGGUCUUGUAGAUGAUUUAUUUAGUGCUGGAACAGACACAACAGCAAACACUCUGCGCUGGGCCAUACUCCUAAUGAUGAAAUACCCAGAAAUUCAGAAUGGCGCCUGAAAGGGAGUGAAAGUGACGAAUGGAAUUCUAAACAGCCUGUGUAACUAAGAAGAUAAGAAAUGUUAUGUGUGGACUCUAAUGAAGUGAAAUGAGCUUUCCUAUACUUAAAGGGGAAAAGAGAAGCUUUUAGACUUAUAUUUUGUGAAUCUUAAAAACUGA